GUUUCUGUCGCAGAGCUGCAGAAGAAACACGAGCAGGAGAAAAGUCAGCUGACGCAAGAGUUUCACGCCGCUGAGGACGCACUCAAGGCUGAGGUGGACACUCUGACGACAGAAGUUCAGAUUUACAACGAGCUGAAAAGACGAGUGGAAGAAUCCACGUUUAAAAAAGACCUGCAGAGGAACAUACAGGCCCACGGCAGCCCAGGUGCAUUCUGGGAGUCUGAGCAGGAGUCUCUGCUGUUUGUCAUCGAGAUGAAGAAUGAGAAAAUUCAGGAGCAGAAGAAGAAGCUGCUGCAGCUGGACCAGCUGGUGGACAGGACCUUGUCUCAGGAGGACCAGAUCGUUCAGGUCCUGCAGCAGAACGAGGAUCUGAGAGUCCGCUUCAACAACAGUCAGACGCUCGUUCAGCAGUUGUCCCGGGAGCUGCAGGACCUGAAGGUGGCGCUGGAGAGGCAGGUGUCGCUCAAUCACAAGCUGUCUCAGGAAAAAGAGCAGCUGAUGUUCAAACUGAGGCACAGGGACUCGUGUCCGACCAUCCACCUGCCCGCUGUGGCCCCGCGGUGACUCAGAGCUGUGUGUCCCUGCAGCCUGCUCUGGGACCAGGUUUUAAAGACUCUGAAUCAGGUUUAACCACUGAACACAGUCCUGGACUCACCGAGGCCUUCACACUGGACUGAGACACGCCUCACACUUUUAAAGGGACAGUUCAGGUUUGUGACGCGUGAGCGCCCCCUGCAGGAGACACAAGGUCACUGAGUCUACGUCACAUGACCACGUCACAUGACUCAGGUGGAUCAGAACCAGACUGUGUGUGUGUGUGUGUGUGAUGUUAAAAUCACUCUCUGGGCUUUGGUGCGGGAGCGUGAGCGGUUCACAAACGUCCGUUUCACAGUGACAUAAAGACGCGGUCAUGUGACGUAGAGACAGGAAUCACAACCACGCUGAAACAUCCUCAACUGUCCCUUUAAGACGAGGAGCGGUUAGCCCGCCCGCUAACUCUGGUUGAUUUGACGUUGACUGACCUUUAACGUGUGUUUACGCUAGUUUAAGCUCCGCCUUUCAGAAGCUUCACUGUUACUUUUCUGAAGAUGUGAACAAUCUUUUGUCCCGUGAACAGGAUUUUUCAGUGUUUUUCUCCUCAUGCACGAGCACUUUGACCUGUUGUCAGCUUCUCAACUUUUAUCUUUACAGUCGGACCAGUUUUUGGUUUUGCUUUUUUUUCAGCGUGGAAAAAAGGUCCGAUGUUUUGUUUUUGA